AUUUGCCUCUUCCUCGGCCAAUGGGAGCCGCGGCACUUUUCCAUCAAAGCUCCCUUUUCAGGAUUUGCCGAGAGGCGAGCUCCUCCAAAUGUUGCCGCAGCGCGAUCGGAGGUAGACGUGACGCGCGACCACCAGCAAGACCGCCGCUACAACUACUACCGAGACUUUCGGAGACGCUGUUUUGUGUUUUUUUCUUAGUUUUUAUAUUUGGUGUGUGUGCUUUUGAACAACUUCGCGAUCGAAUGACGACUGAAGGAUCUUUACGGAUUUGGGCGCAUAAUGUUGGGAUGGAGUUUGGCGUCUUGUUCGGCUCCACGGAAGACUAGCAGGACACUUUCUUCCAACUCGUCGGCGCCGGACGCGCUCCUCUCCCAUGUCGGAUUAUUGCGGCGCUCUGUGAAAUCGCAGCCGCUUUGUGUGUCGCUUCGCCCCCCAAACCUCUUCGGACCAUGGCCUCGGAUCGCGGGGUCCCAGGGGCCGGCGUCUUUGGAGAGUUACCCCCGAGCUACGCGCGCUCACGGCCGGCUGCCGACGCUCUACGGACACCCGGCGGCUACUGCCACGCCGCUUUCGCACUUAAACAGAUUUCAAAGGGGAAGACGGUAGGUCAGAAAGCCCCCCUGUGGAUCCGCACCAGGUUCCAGGCCCUCCUGUUUUCUCUGGGCUGCCACAUCCAGAGGCACUGCGGGAAGGUGCUCUUUAUCGGACUCUUGGUGUUCGGGGCCCUCUCAGUGGGACUCCGAGUGGCCGCCAUCGAGACGGACAUCGAGCAGCUGUGGGUGGAAGCUGGUAGUCGGGUGAGCCAGGAACUUCGUUACACCAGGGAGAAGCAAGGUGAGGAGUCCAUAUUUACCUCACAGAUGCUCAUCCAGACCCCCAAAGAAGAGGGCACGGAUAUUCUUACCCAGGAGGCUUUGCUGGUGCACAUGGAAGCUGCGCUGUCUGCCAGCAAGGUCCAGGUGUCACUGUUUGGAAAGUCGUGGGAUCUCAACAAAAUAUGCUAUAAAUCCGGAGUCCCCAUAAUUGAAAAUGUCAUGAUUGAAAGGAUGAUUGACAAGCUAUUCCCAUGUAUGAUAAUCACCCCGUUGGACUGUUUUUGGGAAGGGGCCAAACUACAGGGAGGUUCUGCCUAUUUACCGGGUAUGCCAGACAUCCAGUGGAUGAACCUGGAUCCAGUCAAGCUCAUGGAGGAACUGAGUCAGUUCACGUCCCUGGAAGGAUUUAAGGAGAUGUUGGACAAAGCCCAGGUUGGACAUGCCUAUAUGAACAGGCCUUGUCUGGAUCCAUCAGAUCCUGACUGCCCUGCCAGUGCUCCCAACAAGGAACAAUUAGAGUCUCCUGACAUCACCGGACGCCUGCGAGGCGGUUGCCAUGGUUUUAGCCGGAAGUUUAUGCACUGGCAGGAAGAGCUGAUCCUGGGAGGGCGCAUGAAGAACACCCAGGAUGCUUUGAUGAGCGCGGAGGCUCUUCAAACCAUGUUUCUGUUGAUGAGCCCUAAACAGCUGUACGAGCACUUUAAAGAUGACUACGAAAUCCACGACAUCAACUGGAAUGAGGAGAAGGCUACAGCCAUCUUGGAGUCAUGGCAACGGAAGUUCGUGGAGGUGGUCCACCAGAGUAUCCCGUCUAACUCCAGUCAGUCCAUCCACGCCUUCUCUACCACUACUCUCAACGAUAUCAUGAAGUCCUUCUCCGAUGUCAGCGUCCUACGGGUUGCCGGAGGCUACCUGCUUAUGCUGGCUUACGCCUGCGUGACCAUGCUGAGGUGGGACUGUGCCAAGUCCCAGGGCGCCGUGGGGUUGGCCGGCGUGCUGCUGGUGGCCCUGUCGGUCGCUGCGGGACUCGGUCUCUGCUCCCUGCUGGGACUUUCCUUCAAUGCUGCUACCACUCAGGUGCUUCCCUUCCUGGCACUUGGAAUUGGUGUGGAUGACAUGUUUCUUUUGGCUCACUCCUUCACAGAGGCCGGGACUAACAUUCCCUUUAAGGAACGAACCGGAGACUGCUUGCGUCGCACGGGCACCAGCGUGGCUCUGACUUCCAUCAACAACAUGAUCGCUUUCUUCAUGGCUGCCCUUGUGCCUAUUCCAGCCCUGCGAGCUUUCUCCUUACAGGCGGCCAUCGUGGUGGUGUUUAAUUUCGCCAUGGUGCUGCUCAUCUUCCCCGCCAUACUCAGCUUGGACCUCCACCGGCGCGAAGACAAGCGCUUGGACGUCCUGUGCUGUCUGUACAGCCCUUGCGCCAACCGGGUCAUCCACCUGUCCCCGCACGAGCUGUCGGAAGGUGCCGAGCAGAGCCAGGCUUCGGCCUCGCACCAGUACACGACGGGCUCCACCAUCACCACCAGCACGCAGAUCACCACUACGGUGCAGGCGUUCACACAGUGCGACGCCGCCGGGCAGCACAUCGUUACAAUCCUGCCUCCUACCUCGCAGAUCUCAACCAGUCCAACUUCCAUAAUCCUGUGUCCUACCUCUCAUUCACAAGCUAUUACACCUACGCCACCUACACCUGUUCAGGAUCCCUACGGUUCCCAGCUCUUCACCCCAACAUCCAGCUCCACCCGAGACCUCCUAGCCCAAGUGGAGGACUCCAAAUUGGGCAAAAAGUGCGUCCCGCUCCCAUUCCUCCACUGGAACUUGUCCCACUUCGCCAGGGAGAAAUAUGCCCCGUUUCUUCUAAAGCCCAAAAGCAAAGCCAUCGUUGUCAUCCUCUUCCUGGGACUCCUCGGCCUCAGUCUUUACGGGACCACCAUGGUGCAUGACGGCCUCUACCUGACGGACAUUGUUCCACGCGACACCAAGGAGUACGACUUCAUCGAUGCCCAAUUCAAAUACUUCUCCUUCUACAACAUGUAUCUGGUCACCACGGACGGAUUCGAUUACGCGCGCUCACAGAGACUUCUGAUCCAACUACACAACGCCUUCAACUCGGUCAGAUCUGUGGUCCGAGACAGCGACGGCAAACUGCCCCGCAUGUGGCUUCACUACUUCCAGGACUGGCUCAGAGGUCUUCAGGCUGCUUUUGACGCAGACUGGCUGGCGGGGAGGAUCACUUCAGACAGCUAUCGGAACGGCACAGAAGACGGCGCCUUAGCGUACAAGCUCCUCAUCCAGACCGGAUCCAAAAAAGAACCCUUCAAUUACAGCCAGCUGACUUCUCGCCGGCUGGUAGAUGCAGAGGGUCUCAUCCCACCUGAGGUGUUCUACAUUUACCUGACCGUGUGGGUUAGUAACGACCCUCUGGGCUACGCUGCCUCCCAGGCAAACUUUUACCCCCAUCCCAGAGAGUGGAUUCACGACAAGUACGACACCACAGGGGAGAAUCUGCGCAUUCCGGCCGCAGAGCCUCUAGAAUUUGCUCAGUUCCCGUACUACCUGAACGGGCUGCGGCAAGCCAGCGACUUCGUGGAAGCUAUCGAGAGCGUGAGGGCCAUCUGCGACGAAUUUAGCCGCAAGGGCGUGUUCAACUACCCCAACGGAUAUCCGUUCCUCUUCUGGGAGCAGUACAUUAGCCUCCGACAUUGGUUCUUAUUGGCCAUCAGCGUGGUGCUGGCGUGCACUUUCCUGGUUUGCGCUCUGCUCCUCCUCAACCCGUGGACCGCCGGCAUCAUCGUGUUUAUCCUGGCCAUGAUGACAGUGGAGCUGUUCGGCAUUAUGGGAUUGAUCGGCAUCAAGCUGAGCGCCAUCCCCGUCGUCAUCCUCAUCGCUUCGGUGGGCAUCGGAGUGGAGUUCACUGUACAUAUUGCGCUGGGCUUCCUGACAGCCAUUGGCAGCAGAAACAAGCGCUCGGCCGUGGCUCUAGAGCACAUGUUUGCCCCGGUGGUCGACGGCGCCAUUUCCACGCUGCUGGGCGUUCUCAUGUUGGCGGGCUCAGAGUUUGACUUCAUCAUGAGAUAUUUCUUCGCCGUGUUGGCCAUCCUCACCCUUCUGGGAAUGCUAAACGGCUUGGUCCUCCUGCCAGUCCUCCUCUCCAUGCUGGGCCCUCCGGCCGAACCGGCCACAUGCGAAGACGGCGGCUGCCCGCCGGCACCUUCCCCAGAGCUGCCUCUACCCCCGCCCAUGGCUCACCACGGCUACAUGGCAGACCGCCGCGACCCCCACCGAGCAUUCUCCGAGACGUCCGACUCGGAAUAUUACUCGGAAGUGACGAGCACGUCGGGAAUCGGAGAGGAGGAGUACAAGUACUGCGACCGCAGCGCUUACAGCUUGCCACCUGCCUCCUCGCACAUUCUGCUGGAAGCAAGCAAGAAUCCCAGCUUCCCUAAACUUAAGGUGGUGAAGCCACUGAGGGACACAGGAGGACGAAUGGAACCAUCCAUCGACUCUACACAUCAUGCUCAGUUGCCUUUGAGCUCUCAGUUGACGUGCUGGGAUGGUACCAAGCGAGACCACCAGCAGCAGCAGGCAGGACAAAAAAACUUAUCCGGGGACGGAGCUCACCAGCCUGGGCGGACUUAUCAGAGCGGCCCCAGGCUACAGGGCGGCAGAGGCCCUCAGCCGAACAGGACUAAAGGGCCCUCCAACUACGCGGUGGCCGGGGGGCCAGUCACCAUGGUGACGGCCACGGCCUCCGUGACAGUGGCCGUGCAUCCUACGCUGCCGGGGGCGGCGUAUCAAGGUUACAUGCACGAAGGCUUCGACACAGACACUGAGUCGGACUGCUUCGAGGCCACUAAGAGGACUAAAUUUUCUUCGUAUAAAAGAGACUCGUUAGAGCUUCAGGAUGUAGAAUGCCCACAGGAUCACAAGACGCAACACAACAGGCAAGGUGGGUCGAGGGUCCAGACGGCCAAAGGGUGCUAGAAUCCUCAGCACGCUCGUCCUCUGGAAGCUGUGUAUAGACACCACAUAGGAUUUAUUUGAAGGACAUUAUGUAAAUCUAUGAGUAUAUAUUUUAAUACUAAAAAAGAGGGAAGCUAUUUAAAGAGUACUGUAUAACUUUGGGUAUACUCGCGUAAAGUUUCUUUUUUUUUUGCAGGGGGUAAUUUUGUUUUGUUUUCUUGCCUCCUUGCAUAGUGUAUAGAAUAAAAAUAAUGUGCUAUAUGUAAAAAGUGUCCACACAGAGUGAGAUCCUAUUAAGAUAUUAGGCUAUUGAACAUACAUGGUCAGUGUUUUAUUUCUAUUUGUAUUAUUUUGUUGAUUUUUUUUUUGCUGCUACACAAAGUCAUUUUAAGUGAUUUGCCUUAAAAAAAUGCAGUAGCCCCUCUUCCUCCCCCAAAAGCCACACACGCACACACAUGGAAUAUGAUAUUAUACUGUGAAAUCUAACAGAUUUCUUAACAGCGUGCCUUCAUCACUAUUGUCAAUGCAGCAUCCAGAGCUCAGUAUUAAGUCCUUUGCAGUUUGAUCUACUUGAAGGUUAUGUUAUUUGUGGCAGCACCCACAUUUAACACAAUGGGAACUAUAAGGGAGUCUUUUAAAUUUGUUGUAACCCCAAUGGAGUUACUAAUAAGCUAUUUUUUUUUACAUUCAACAGCAGCUCUAUUUUUUUUCUCUGCAGUUCUUACAUGACAGAAAUGGUCUUAUCACUGCCAGUGUCGUUUGCAGGGAAGCUCUUUUCUGUAGUUUUUAAGUGGCAGCUUUUUUUUUUUCUUAUAUAAGAAAGAAGAUGUUGAGUAGCUACUGUGCAGUUAUGGAAAAAAAAUCACCCUACCUAACCGCCGUUGGCUGGCCUUGAGGAGUUUAUAGGGAGGAGGUCGAGGGGAAGCUUGUGCAUUAUUUGUAGUUAAAAAAUGUUAAUGUCAUGCCAUAUAAAUUAUUUAUAUUAAAAUUUUAUUUUUGUAGUUUGUACAGUUGUUAGUAUUUAGACUGAAGUUCUAUUUUUAAAGAGUAAAUAUAUAUUAUAUAUAAAUAUAUCUAUUUGUUGCUGAGUUUGAUUUUCUAUUUGUUUGCUUUUAGGAUGUUUGGGGAGGGAGGUCAUUAUUAUGUUGCAUUGGAGGUGUCAACUUUACGCCUUGUUUUUUUUUUUCCUUCCCGUCAAGGCCCUCCUCCCCUCUAUUGUCAUUGCCCAUGUCUAAAACACUGUGACUUCUGAAAACUAUGCUCAAAAAAACCCUUGUGUGACCGCUAUGUUCUCUCACCUGCUAUAGAAAA